GGCUUCAGUGCUGGCAGGAGGGUCGGAUGGUUCAGCCGCUCUUGUUCUUUGGUCCGCUGAUUUCAUGGGGUGGGACUUGGCUUGGCCUAAAUUCUAUCCGCGGUCCCGGACCGGUUUCAGGGCGAAGCUGCCAUGCGUUCCGGGGGCCGCGGGCGGCCCCGGCCACGGCCCGGAGAACGCGGCCUCUUGGAGCCACCCUCACCGCCCAAGCGCCGCCUGCUACCGCGGGUACCGCUGUUGCCCCUGCUGCUGCUGGCGCUGGCCGUGGCCUGGGCGUUCUACACCAUCUGGAGCGGCUGGCACCGCCGGACGGAGGAGCCGCCGCCGGCCCGGGAGCUGCGGGGCCCGUUGAUCGGAAGCCUCCCCGAAGCCCGGCUGCGGAAGGUGGUGGGGCGACUGGACCCACAGCGUCUCUGGAACGCUUAUCUGCGCCCCCUGCUGGUUGUACGGACCCCGGGCAGCCCGGGCAAUCUCCAAGUCAGAAAGUUCCUGGAGGCCACGCUUCGGGCCCUGACGGCAGGCUGGCAUGUGGAGCUGGACCCCUUCACGUCCUCGACGCCCCUGGGGCCACUGGACUUUGGCAACGUGGUGGCCACACUUGACCCAGGGGCUGCCCGUCACCUCACCCUUGCCUGCCAUUACGACUCCAAGCUCUUCCCAUCUGGGUCAGCCCCCUUCGUGGGGGCCACAGAUUCAGCUGUGCCUUGCGCCCUGCUCCUGGAGCUGGCCCAAGCCCUUGACUUGGAGUUGAGCAGAGCCAAGAAUCAGGCGGCCCCGGUGACCCUGCAGCUGCUCUUCUUGGACGGCGAGGAGGCGCUGAAGGAGUGGGGACCCAAGGACUCCCUGUAUGGCUCCCGGCACCUGGCCCAGCUCAUGGAGUCUGCACCCCACAGUCCCGGCCCCACCAGGAUCCAGGCCAUUGAGCUCUUUAUGCUUCUGGAUCUCCUGGGAGCCCCCAACCCGACCUUCUACAGUCACUUCCCUCGCACGGCCCGCUGGUUCCAUCGACUGCGGAGCAUCGAGAAGCGCCUGCACCGUUUGAACCUGCUACAGUCUCAUCCCCAGGAGGUGAUGUACUUCCAGCCUGGGGAGCCCUUUGGCUCUGUGGAGGACGACCAUGUCCCCUUCCUCCGCCGAGGGGUCCCGGUGCUCCACCUCAUCUCCACGCCCUUCCCCUCUGUCUGGCACACGCCUGAUGACUCUGAAGCCAACCUGCACCCACCCACAGUACAUAACCUGAGCCGCAUCCUCAUUGUGUUCCUGGCUGAAUACCUGGGGCUCUAGCCUGCCUGGCUGACUCUGAAGGAGAAGUGUCCAGCAGGAGACGUGCCGAGGGCACCUGGAGCCAAUGGAGCUCAAACCGGGCCCGCUUGGGGUGUGCUGGCUUGUCCUUAAUACCUUCGGCUCUGCUUGGGCUAUGAUUGGAAGACCCUCUUUCCUUUGACUAUCUUAAGCUGCCACUCUUCAAAGACAUAGAAGAGACCAGUAUGGGGGUGACAGCCAAAGGAAUCAGAGCUCGGCCCUGCCCUGAGGGAAACACUUGGGCUGAAAGUUUGCAGAGGCCAAAUGCUGUUCUCAGGUUUAGUCGGCAAACCUCGCAUUGGCAUCUGGACCAGCAAUACAACCCAACCAAAUGAAUUCCCUGUGCCUCAUGUUUUUCUGUCAGUUUGUUCUGCAGAAUGGCAGCCUUGCUACUGCACCAGUCCAAACCUAACUUCCACAUGGAUAUGCCACGUGGGGCCCACAGAGGAUGCGCUCAUAAGCAGGAACAGAGGAGACGGAAGCCAAUACUUGAGACCUCUCGAUUCUGCCAGCUCCAGUGGGCAUUAAACCAGUGUUCCUGCAAAACGUAUUCUACAGAACUAGCACAAAUAGGUGUUGCGUGAAAAAGGGGAUUAAAAAAGCAGGGUGAAACAAUAUUAAAUGAGUUUCUUCAUUGCACAAUGUGAAUUUUCAAGAGUAAGAUGGAGAGUGCAGUGUUUUCCCAAAGUAUUUCACCAUGGAACCCCUUUAUUGGGAAGCACCUCACAGAACUAGGGUACCUCAGAAUAUACUUUGGGAAACACUGGGUUUUGAUAGUUUGAGUGCACUUAUGGUAGCAAUGGGUCAGACAGACCUAGAAUCACUGCAAACAAGUUACACCAAACCAUCCUUUCCCUUUCAGCUGUGGGUACAGGAGUGCGAGACAGUGCGUGUAACUGCCUCUAGUGAUGGCCUGAGGAUUUAUUUCCCAACUCUUCAUUUUUAGACUCAACUGGGCUGCUUAUUAAAAAAUGCAGACUCCCAUUCUAGUCUGGGGGGGACCUACUGAAUCAGAACCCCAGGGAGCCGCUGGGACUCUGUAACCAGCACCUCAGGAAGACUCAGGAUCAGCAAAGUUUGGGACACACUGCCCUUAAGGUUACAGUUUGGUGCGUUCACAGCUUAGCAACCUAAAGAAAACCGUAAAAUGGAGGGCGCCUAGAAAGGGAGUCAUGCUGGGCUCUAUGCCUGCUGAUUUUGUGACUUGGAUGGAGACCCCAUAGGCAGCAGGGACGCCAGGCCAGGAUGGAGGGUUAUUAAGUAGUGAAGGUGAGCAUCGGCCUUCCAAGCCAACACAAGGCUGGAGAAGACCCAAGAGAACUCAUGGGCUGAAACUCAGGAUAUCAAAUAAGAGAGGACAAACUGAAGGUCCUCAAUUCACACUCUUCCACAGUGAAUUUAUGGGCACCCACUGUACACCAGGCACCAUGAGCACUUUAUAUCAGCUCAUUUAGUCUCCCCCACAUCCUGAGGUCGGUACAAUUUCUGUUCUCAUUUUGCAAAUGAAGUGGCUAGGGCUGAGUGACAACCAGCUGGUUACAGAGCCCAGAUUCUCACCCACAGCUGUGCUCCUAACCCCAUGUCCUACCUCCCUUCCAGAAAUCACCUGUGCUGGACCAACAGAUUGUUGACAAACAGUAGCUCCUGAAGCUUUUAAUUGGCACAAGUUAGAGUGGGGUCAGGGCAGGGGACUAAUGGCCUCUUAGAGGCGGACUUGGCAGAAGUCCAAAGUUCAGACAGGGAAGUGACAUUCAUCAACAGCUGGGGUGGCGAGGGUCUCAAACCACAGGGACAGUUCCGGUUUCUUCAUUUCUUGUGUGGCAGGCAUGGUGCCAAGUACUUGAAAGUGCACCAUGUCCCCUUAGCGUCACAGCCACCCCAGAAGUAGGCGAGACCACUGUCUCCAUGUUAGCGAGGGGAAGCAGUGUGUCAGUUACAGCCCUGGCCCUCAACGCCUUACUGCACCACCUCCUGGUUGAGUGUGCAACACACCAGGCCUGAGCAAGGGGCCUGAGGCACAUUUUCUGCUUGAAUUCGGGGUAAGGAUUGUGAGCUUCAUUUUAUGGAUAAGGCUGCUGAAGUUUGGCAAGGCAGUGUUUCCCCAGCUCCCACGUCUCCCAGACUUGGGCUUCCCCAGUUUCACGCUAUGAAGGGGCCACUAGGUGGUGUAUCUGAUAAGCACAAUUGUUGAGCAUGCUACACGUGAUGUUGCACAUAUCAACCUUUUGAGGAACUGUCAGUAUUUGCAUUUUUCAGAUUAAGAAAUUGAGCUUCAGAGAAAUCAAUUGCCACAUAUCACAUAGCUAGACACUUUCCCUGUAAUACGCUAGGUGUACAUUUUGUUUUUAUUGAUCCUGCUUACGACUCAUUGGGCUGAUUAAUCUUUUACCAGUCUGGACUUCGCAACCAUCGGGUCUUUAAAUAUUAUCUUUGCAGUUUGCUCUUCUCAUUCUAGAAUGCCAAUUCAUGUGUUACAUUUACUCACUCUGUCCUCUGUAACCUUUCUUUCAUAUUGACUCAGGUUUUUUUUUCUUUUCUGUUUUUGUCUCCAUGCUAUUGUUUGGACCUAACUCUAGUUCAAUAAAUCUCUCUUUAGCUGUGUCUAAUUUGCCAUGCAGCCCAGCCACUGAGUUAUUACUUU